AUGCUUUCUCCUCACAAGUCGUCACCAGUAACGUCUCCAAGACUCAAUAAGGGAGCUGAUCCCGUAGUCCGACCUCAAAAACCUCUCGAUCUAACCCCCCGACGCGUCGGCCACAAACCAUCUGUUCCCAAUGGAAUUGUUUUGACCGCUGAACAGAAACAGACCCUAAUUGAAGGGUUCCAAUACGAUGUUGCUGAACGAAUUUCCAAAAUCAAGGCUCACCACCAACGAGCGGCGCUGGCGCUCAAAUCGAAAAUUGAGGCGCGCAUUAACCGGGUAUCGAAACGCAACUGGAAUAAAACCAUUCGUGAGUUUCGGGCAGAAGUCGAAGAAGCCAAAAAACGUGCAGUACACAUUGGUCGUCUAAUGGCUCAAACCAAGGCGCGUGCAGAGGCCCGCAAAGAUGGUGAUGACAUUGCAGACAUACGGGUAUCACCAGAAAAAGUCAAGCUCAAAGUCUCUGGGAUUCCUGGACUGGCCACGUCGCCGCUCAAGUCAGGAAAGCCGCAGUUUGUGACGCCGUCCAAGACUACGUUUGUCAACAAUAAGAGAACAGGUGGUGCAAGCCCCGUGUUGGGGUCAUCGCCUAGCAAAGCGCAAGGAGACCUGCGGGCGGGGCCUAGAGGGUCAUUGGCAGGGCCUAGAGGGUCGCUGGCAGGAACAGCAUCUAUCAAGCAGGAGCCCGUGCAUUCUGAAAACAAUAAUCAAGGUAUGGCGGCCAGGAUCCGGCCUGCAUCGGCGCGGGCGUCGGCGCGGCCUUUGCCUGAAGUUAAGCCGCGGCCAGCCAGUAGCAUGGCUCACCAGUACCCUGCGUCAUCGUUAGCGUCUGUACCGCCUUCUUCCUCUUCCUCUUCUUCGCGUCCGUCGUCACGGCUUAAGCGUACUACAUCGCUUGCCUCUAUUUCUUCUGUGGUGUCUGUUUCGACAGCAGCCAAGACCAAAAGACCAGCCAUGGACCGAGAAGCAGGAGGACCGGGGGCAGCGCGGCUGCGCACCAAAAAGGGCAAGGAAUGA